AUGCACCCGCGGCGCCCCGAUGGCUUCGACGGCCUGGGCUACCGCGGGGGCGGCCGGGAGGAGCCGGGCCCCGGCGCCAGGCCCCUCGGCGGCGCCUCGGAGCUGGGCCACUGGGUGACCAGCCCGCCCGACAUCCCCGGCAGCCGCAACCUGCACUGGGGGGAGAAGACGCCGCCGUACGGGGCGGGGACCCCCUUGGGGGGCGCCGGCCUCAACGAGGAGCCCAACCUCGGGGCGGGCGGCCCCGGCGCCGAGCAGUUGAACAGAUUUGCAGGCUUUGGUAUUGGCCUUGCAAGCCUAUUUACAGAAAAUGUGCUGGCACAUCCUUGCAUUGUUUUACGUCGUCAGUGUCAGGUUAACUAUCAUGCUCGGAAUUAUCAUCUCACUCCGUUUACUAUUGUCAAUAUUAUGUACAGCAUCAAUAAGACACAGGGUCCAAGAGCUCUCUGGAAGGGAAUGGGCAGCACUUUCAUUGUUCAAGGCAUAACCCUGGGAACAGAAGGCAUCAUCAGUGAAUUUACACCUUUGCCAAGGGAGCUUUCACAUAAAUGGAACCUCAAGCAGAUCGGUGGACACCUUCUACUCAAAGGUUUAACACAUGUGAUAGCAAUGCCUUUUUAUUCUGCGAGCCUGGUUGAAACUGUACAGAGUGAAAUAAUUCGAGAUAAUCCUGGCAUCCUGGACUGUGUGAAAGAAGGACUCGGCAGAGUUGUAGGCAUGGGCGUACCCCAUAGCAAGCGUCUCCUUCCUCUGAUGGUCUUGACUUUUCCAACUGCUCUACAUGGAGUUCUUCACUAUGUCAUCAGUUCCAUUGUCCAGAAGCUUGUUUUGUUUGUUCUGAAAAGAGAUAAUCCCCACCACCUUCCAACUGAGAGCUCUGCUUCUGUGCAGAGCAUGCUCGAUGCGUAUUUUCCAGAACUUAUUGCUAGCUUUGCUGCUAGCCUUUGUGCUGAUGUCAUGCUUUACCCACUGGAGACAGUUUUACACCGCCUUCAUAUUCAAGGGACACGCACAAUAAUUGAUAAUACAGACCUUGGCUAUGAAGUGCUUCCGAUCAAUACUCAGUAUGAGGGGAUGAGAGACUGCAUAAAUACUAUAAAACGGGAAGAAGGAAUGCCAGGUUUUUAUAAAGGAUUUGGAGCUGUUAUAGUACAGUAUACCUUGCAUGUGGCAGUUUUACAGCUUACCAAAAUUAUUUACUCAACACUGCUUCAAAAUGUUUCUUAAUCUGUUCAGGUGUGUAUUUAGCACCAUGGACAUGAUUGACUUACUAACCUAAUUAUUGUUUAAAAUGGCUUAGAAAAUGACUUUUGAAGAAUCCACUCUGUGGAUUCUCCUUACACUGUACAAGAACUUGUUUUAAAAAUGGGGAUAUAGGUUCCUAAGUGUAAUUAAAAAAGUACUGUUUAAAUUUAAAAUUAUAGACACAAAUUGAAUAUAUAAUGUGCAGUCAUACAGAAGGGAAUCGGAUUUUAAAUGUGGUUGGAGUGAGGAUUUACCUUUCUUCUUGCCAGUUAACUGACUUAAGGAAUGGAUAUGAAUUCUUAAUAUCUGUUUUGUAAGCAUCACAUAUGUUAUUUGGUUUGGACUGUUAGCCAGUUCAAAGAAAUUUGUUUUCAUAAGUUGUAAGAACUUGCAAGUGGAAGACUGAUGAGUUUACUGGUCUUUUAAAGAUGUUUUCAACUUCACUGUUAAUGGAGCUGUGAGCAAAAUAGAAACUGUAAAAGUAACUUAAGUAGACAUAAAUGUCAUAAUUUACAGGUACACAGAAGACUUCUUACUUUGCUGCAGUGUGGCAGAAGACAGCAAAGGAAUCUUUCUUUGUAAAAAAUAACAAAAACUUGGGUUUGGGCAAAGUUGCACAGAAUGCAAACUGGGCCGUCUUGCAGUUUGUUUGCAAGGCUUACAGUAACUAAAGUGUGUGAAUAAAGCAAAUUAGAAAC